GGUAAGAAAAGACUCGUUCCAUUGCUAUCCACUCCAUCUAUGAACCCAAAAUGUCACCGCCAUUCGCCGCCGCGGUGUUCAAUCCCACCGCCACCAUGUGCUUCUCAGCCCAGAAACCUUCCUCCUCAUUCUCUUCUUCUAGCUCAUCAGAGCAGCAGCUACCCAACCACCUAUCAAUUGCAUCAAAACCCAAAACUCUGCUCCAUGAAAACCCACUCUACCAACCCAUUCACAGCAACAUCUCCCUCGAAUUCAAAGAGAAGAUCUUGUGCCUAGAAGUCAUGGGCAUUGACUCUGGUAAAGCCCUCUCCCAAAACCCUUCCCUCCACACAGCUUCACUCUACUCCCUCCAUUGCAUCCUCACUUUCUUGCAGUCCAAAGGCAUCCACCAAAAGGACUUCAGAAAAAUCUUCGGGAUGUGCCCCAAGCUCCUAACUUCAGACAUCAAAUCUGACCUCGCCCCAGUAUUUGACUUCCUCUCCCAUGACCUGCAAGUCCCAGAAAGAGAAUUCAGGAAAGUGAUCAACAAGUGUCCAAGAUUGCUCAGUGCGAGCGUGAGUGACCGGCUAAAGCCAGCUCUUUUCUUCCUCAAGAAACUAGGGUUUAAAGAUUUCCGUGCUUUGGCUACUCAAGACCCCAUCCUCUUGGUUUCCAGUGUGGAGAACACUCUCAUCCCUAAGCUCAACUAUUUGGUCAGUUUGGGCUUUUCAAGAAGUGAUGCGGAGGGGAUGGUGCUGAGGUGCCCUGGGCUGCUGACUUUCAGCAUUGAGAACAACUAUAAGCCCAAAUUUGACUACUUUGUUAAUGAGAUGAUGGGUGAGUUGGAGGAGUUGAAGGAGUUUCCUCAGUACUUCUCUUUCAGCUUGGAGAAGAGGAUUAAGAAGAGGCACAUGGAGAUUGUGGAGAGGGGAAUUCAGAUUCCUUUGGGGCUGAUGCUCAAGUCCAGUAAUGAGAAGUUCCAUGAAUUGAUAAGGCAGCAGGAGACUGGAUAUCACCUCUUAUAACUCCUCUACUGUAAAGCUGCAUAAUUUUUCCUCCAUUGAGAUUGAGGACAGUUGAAAGUUGUAUUAUAAGGCUUCAAGAUUGGUAUUUCAUCAGUUUUUCUAUCUGCCAAAAACUGAUUCUACUAAUAUAAUCUACCUGGAUACAAUGAUGCAGAUUCUGUGGCAUUGUUGCUGUAAUCUACAAGAAUAUGGAGUGGACUGACUGUUUUCUCAAUAUUGGUUGCACUGAUUAGUUGAUGGAAGCUUUAAUGUUGGCAACUUCCUUGAUCCACACCAGGCCUGCGUGCAAAUUUUCAUCAAACUGAUUAAAGAUUGAUGCACCAGUUGGUAUGCUGGUUAUGCUCCACUUUUUGUUGAUGUUAAUUAUCAUCUUUAUUUUUUUGGAAGGUAUCAUCUUUAUAGUCUCAGCAAUCUUCAAAAAUCUUGACUGGCUCACCUGCCCAAGAAUCAUCAGGUUGAAAUUAUAUUGGUACAACAUUUGCUCCAUUAGACUUCCCAUUUUAUACCUAUCCUAUGGAAGGUGAAAGAAGGGAGUGAUAUCAGACAAUUUGUUUGAAUUUUUGCUCAAAAUCAACAGUUAAUUCUUGUAAUAACAAGCAAGAAUCAUAUCGGAUAAGCCAUUCUAGAACUCAUUCAGGGGAUUCUCUUCAAAGAAAUUCCUCCAAAUUGGUCUAAAUUAAACAUAGACAAAUGCAUAUGAAGGAGUACUUAUGUUUAAUUACCCAAAUAUGACUUAUUUGGUCGUAUUAAUAGUACUCUAUAUAAAAUUUCUCAAUGAGGAGUAAGCGAGUCUUAUUUAAGGAAUAAGACCAUGAUGAUCCUAUUUGUCAACUUUGGUUAUGUUUUAGUUAUAUACUUAUAUGUAAGGAUUUUUCUCUUAUUUUGGAAUUCUCUGUUUAUAUUUAAGGUGAUGAAUGAUAGGGAUCUACCUAUUAGAUUAAUAAUAGAUAAUAAUUCUAAUAGGAAUACUAGAAGAAUAGACACUGUUUAGUGGGCCUGUUAUUUUGGGCCUAUUAUUAUAGAGAAUAAUAAGAGGGCUUAUACUAUAAAUAGAAAGGGGAAGGAAGGCAUAAGGUAGGCUUUUAGACGAUUAGUCUUGGGACUGGGAAGAUCGAGUUUAUCUCCUUCUUUGGGGGCUUCGGCCUUGGAUUGUGUACUGUUCAUCUUCUCUAAUAAAAUUCUGUUUGAAUUCUUAUCUCUUUCGGUAAUUUGUGCUGGUUAACUGGAGGUAUCUAUCAAUGAAUAAUGUUGCCAGAGAUGUGAGGUGUGACUAAGCCAUCAAGUUCAAAAGGAACUCCUUAAUCUUUUUAUCAUAUUCAAAUUAAUUUCAUUGCUUUUUAAUAUUGGAGUUCAAUUCAUUUCUUGUGUGUCAUUGUUUUCUGCAUUUUUUUCUUUAUUGUAUUUUAAUUUGUUUGUCUUUGAUUGCCUUACAUAAUUAAUCGUCUAGAUGAUUGUGUUUUUUUGAAGGAAUCUAGAUGAUUAUGUUAACAAAGUGUAGAUUACUACUCGGUGAUUACCUCCCAGUCUCCCACUAUAAAUACCACUUGUAAUUCCAUUGAGGGUGUAGGUGUUUACAAUCGCUAGAGAGCAUUUGUUUCUUCUCCAUUGUAGUUUGUAUUAGUGAACGAUUAGCUAGUAGAGUAGUUGUAUAAUAAAUUUGGGUUAGAUUUGAGUGUAUUGUAAGAAUUUGACUGAUAAUUCCGAGCCAAAUCAAAGAUUUAUGUCUUAUUUUUUUGUCUUCAUCCCCUUCAAUCUUUAGAUACGAUAUUUAUCAUAUCAAUUUGUGUUCGGCUAUUAGGUUGAUGCAAUAAACAUAAAAUUUAGGAGCAUCAUUUUAUAAAAGCACAAUCUUAUUUAGUGAUAUUAAACCCAUUUUCCUUGUUUAUUUAGUGUUUUUAAAAUCACGCUAGUUUAAAAUAUCUAUCAUUCCCCUCUUUCUAGGGUUUCUAUCGCUAGUUUAAAAUCACCCAUUUUCCUUUGUCCGCUAUUGACAUCAUCGAGGAGCAGUGAUGCUAAGAGAGCUUCUCUCUAGGUGGCCAUCUCCCCUGGGUUUAGGGGUUGGUUUUCUUCGCUUUCGUUUUCGACGAACAUCGAUUUUCUUAUGCGGCUUUUGUCCGCCUUUUGUGAGACUCUCUUCUUCGAUAGACCGCAACGGCUAUAUGGCGGUCAAAAAUUGUGUACGUAGCAGGUGCAGAGUUUCGAAGAUGUCGUUCAUGGUUGAGAUUAGAAGGUCAUGAACGAAGCGUGGGGCUAGGGGCUGAAACAGAUCUGGACCGGAGGCAAGGAGAGGAAGAAGCUACAGUACUGUUGGACCGUCCCCUCCUGAAUCGCCGCCAUGGAGUGCUAGAGUUUAGGGUUUGGAAACAAUUUUUUAAUUUUAUUGGUUGUUUGCUUUUUAUUUUUCAUGGUCAAUCUGUUUAUUUUUCUGCUAGUUACUUUUAUUUUUGUAAGACUCCUGCAUUAGGAUUGAGUGAUGGGAGGUCUGCUUUAACCGACGUUGGCUCAUUUAUGCCCAUUAUAUGAUCAACGAGUGAUGGGAAGUCUGGUUUGAGGCUGGUGGUUGUUUGUGGUGCUUUUGUCGUUUUACCCGCUAUCUGAAUGCUAUGAUAGUAAUUUAACUCAUCCGUUUUGACAAUAAAAACAAUCGCGCUAGUUUUGCAAUUAUUAAAAGUGUAGUUCAAAACUAUAGUUUUUUCAAAUAAACUUAAAAGUAUCAACACCUAUCACUUAGUUCUUAUGCUAAGUUUUAAUUACUAUUUGUACACAUUAAUCACUAAAUGCUUCCAAUAAUGUCAUUUUGUGGGAGAGAAUAUUAUACAUUUUAUUUCAAUUAUACGAUCUUUAUUUAUGCAUACAAAUUUUGGAUUAAAUAUAUAAAAAGUUUCUUUCAUUCCCAUGAAAAGUAUGAAUAAAUCUGGUGCAUCAAGUCUAAGAUAUAAUGGUCUAAAUAUGCCAAAAAUACUUGAAAAUGGAUUAAAAAGGCGUGACAUUUUUGUAAAUAAAUCAAAGUUUUCCUUUUUUGAGAAAGUAGAUUUCGUGUGUGAAAAAGUGUACCGUAG